GAGUGUGUGUGAUGCCGGAGCGCCUCGAGCGCAUUGCACGUGCACUUUGCCUCUGCCUCAACGCAUUAUUUUUCAUAUUGUCAAUCUUUAUUAUUGUGUUCGUUUGUGCAGCCGCAAUAAAUGUGCCAAAACCAGACAUCUCACCACAACCACUCACUUCAUACCCUCAGUACAUCGUGACCAUCAUUCUGAUCGCCUCCUAUGCUCUAUGCCUAUUCUUUCUGACUACGUUUGGUUUCAUAGCAAUAUGUUUGUCAGGAUCAUUUCUUCUAUCAGUGCACAUCCUCGCCCAAAUAGCGAUGAUCUGUGCGCAACUCAUUGCUGUCGCCUUUACAAUGACAGUUAGAAAAAGGUUACAUCUCAAACUCGAAGAAUCCUGGCGGGAUCGCCCUGGAUGUAUGGUAGGAGCCGAAUGUGUUCCAGUACAACGGUUUCUACGCUCAGAGACGUUGUUGAUGAUCAUACUAUGCGUAGCUCUGAUCUUGCAGAUAUUUCUGCUAAUUGCAAGUGUUAUCGUCUGUGAACACCGGUCACAUGUUGAACGUCAACAACUCCUCAAACAACAAAACGAAGAAGAAGAUGAAUACUAAUCGAUUAUCGAUCGCAUGAUCACGAUAUGCGAUCGAUCAAUGCACAUAGAAUCUCACCCAUUAUUGCCUCUAUGCAUCCCAUAUAACCUAUGCAUAUCUUCAUAUUGUACCCAAAACUGCUUGAAUGUACUUAUGAGUACAAAAAUUCACUUACUGUUAGAUAUAUUUAUUUGCCACCCUUAUUCCUGAUUUUUUUGUUUUCUUUCCUCGCUACCAGCAUAAUUUAUCCUUUCCAUAAUUACACUUUCCAACUUUUAUUCUUGCAUCAAAUUGCAUACUGUCAGUAACGAAUCAAUCAACGAUUCGUCAAAAGCCUUCUGUAACUGUCCAGUUCUUUUUCCACAGAAAAUGUUCACUGCGCGCCAUUUCUUUUCUUCCGGUUCCCUUACGAUCUGUGAUUGUAAACCCC